AUGACACUUGCGGCUCUUGGGUUUGCCCCUUCCACUGCUGACCCGUCGUUGUUUCUUCGCACCGACACCUCGCUGCCGCCGUUCUACAUCCUCGUGUACGUCGACGAUUUGGUCUUUGCCACUGCUGACACUGAGGCACUCGCCCUUGUGAAGUCAGAGCUGCAGAAGAGACACACGUGCACAGACCUGGGUGAGCUGCACAGUUACCUUGGCUUGCAGAUCACCCGGGACAGAGCACGCCGCACCAUCACCCUGACUCAGUCACACAUGGUGCAGCAGGUCCUUCAGCGCUUCGGCUUCACUUGGUCCUCGCCACAGUCCACUCCUCUGGCUACCGGUCACUCGCUCUUAGCUCCACCUUCGGACGAGUCCGUAGAGCCGAGUGGCCCGUAUCCAGAGCUAGUGGGCUGCCUUAUGUACCUGAUGACCUGCACUCGACCUGACCUUGCGUACCCUCUUGGCCUUCUGGCACGCUACGUGGCUCCUGGUAGACACCGAAAGGUGCACUGGGAUGCUGCAAAGAGGGUACUACGCUACUUGUGCAGUACAUCGGGCAUGGGGCUCGUGCUUGGAGGACGGGGUGACGUUGUCCUCACUGAACACUCAGACGCUUCUUGGGUUGACAACCUGGCUACGCAGCGGUCGUCACAGGGUUACACUUUCAGCCUUGGCUCCGGCUCUGUUUCUUGGCGGUCUACCUGCUCGUCUUCUGUUCUCAGCUCCAGUUGUGAGGCUGAGGUCUACGCCACAGCCAUGGCUGCACAGGGGUUACGCUGGCUCACCUGCCUGUUGACCGACUUGGGAGAGAGGCCUCGUUCUCCUCCAGUUCUGUACGUAGACAACAAGGCUGCUAUUACCUUGUGUCAGGAGCACGGAAUGAAGCACAUAGCUCUACGUUACUGCCUUACUCGAGAGUUGCAGCAGCGUGGUCAGCUUCGUGUUGCUUACGUGGCCACUCGGGCCAACACUGCUGAUGUGUUUACCAAGGCACUUCCGUCUGGUGACUAUGAGCGCUUCUGCACUGCUCUAGGCCUGGUGCCUGUGUUUGCUCACUUGCUUACUUCUUGA